AUGGAGAUUGUACCUUUGGAAAUGUACGACUCAGCCAGAGCAAAAAUAGACGCCAACCUGCGAUGGCUGUUCGCCAAGGCAUACAGCAUUGGUAAGUUGACACACACACACACACACACACACAGAGAGAGAUACUUCACAGCUCCUGGGACAACGAAAUAGUUAUUAAAAAGGUCAAAAAUAGUCACCUGUCACAUAGCUACACAACUCCAAUGCCUUGGUGCAAGUAUUAUCCCUUUACUGUUCUCACGCAGAUACUUCAGGAUUUUACCCUCUGCUAUGAUCCAAAUAAUUAUGGAGAUAUAUGUAGGCUUUUAAUGGCAAAGAUACACAACACUUCAGAUGGAAGACACAGUUGCCCCAUAUAGUGUCCAUUGAAAGUGAAUUGCUUGGCUGGCAGGGCCCAGAUGUUGUUAGACAGGAAACGUGUGUCUGUGUGUUCAUCCACACCUCAGACUAACAGUCUGCGGUUGGGCUUGGCCUAAUGAGAUACAUGGAAUGUAUUGUCUAGAUUUUCUCAAUUAUUAUGCAUCAAAAUACUUUGUGUGUUUGUGUGCAGAACUGACUGUAUCCCUGUAUGACUUGGCAAAUGAUCCAACUGUUUUUGUGCAGUGGCCUCAUAGGAAAACUGAUGAAUAAAUCCACUGACUCUGUCAGACUGUCAUCAGGUCAUGGAAAAUGCAGAGCAAGAUAUCAGUCCUUGUCACUGUUAUGAAGAGUGACAUAAUGUUGCUGGCUUGCUGUAAUGAUGUCAACAACAUCAUUAGACAAAACAAUUACCUGGACCUUAGUAAAAAGUUACUAUAUUUUCUAAAAUGUUCUAGGUUCUACAGAGCAAAACUGUCAAGGUACUUUGUUUCUUGAUUUUUGUAUUGCGAGAUUCCCACGUCUGUCAUACUGUAGCAGAUCACCUGCAAUUGCGUAAUUAACUGGAGGAUAUGUGGAAUGAAUUACACAUCACACCUCACAGUGCCACAAGCAUUGCCAGCUGGCUCCUCCACAACAUCUUAGCAUGUCUUCUGCAUGGAACCAAAGCCACAGGCCUUCAAUAGCAAAGCUAGGCCUAAUUGCUGUUCUAAGGGUCGCUACCUGGCCUAGUUUUGCUAUUGAAGGCCUGUGGCUUUGGUUCCUUGCAGAAGACAUGGUAGGAUGGCAAUGCUUGUGGCACUGUGAUGUGUAAUUAAUUCCACAUAUCCUACAGCUAGGGUUGCCUGUCACUAGUGGAGGAAACCUGUCAUGUGUGAGACGUGUGACCUAAUUUCACUCAGAGCACCUGCUCUGGCUAUGAAUCUUUAAUUUCUAAAGUCAUGUCAAUGGAGUGUCGUCUGUGUGUGUCGUCAUUGGAAGAACAUAAUGGUGCUCCAUCCAUUGUUUUCCUAUCAUGGCUUCUUUGGAUUGCCUUUCGUAUUGUUAUUUCUAGCUUCAAGAAGGGCGUUUUUAGUUUUCUAAUGUUCAAACUUUACUAUCACCUCCCCGUAUGAUAUUAAUUGGACUGCAAGUGUAACCGUGUUUCUUCAGUCCCUCUCAUCGCCCCAACCUGGGCUUGAACCAUGGACCCUUUGCACACAUCAUCAACAAUCACCCUCAAAGCAUCGUUACCUAUCGCCCCACAAAAGCCUCGGCCCUUGCAGAGCAAGAGAAACAACUACUUCAAGGUCUCAGAGCGAGUGACUUCACCGCUAAUUAGCUAGCCAUUUCCCACUGGUUACACAAGCACCCGUGCAGUGUGUCUACGUCAGCAUUUCCCAAACUCGGUCCAGGGGACCCCAAGGGGUGCACCUUUUAUUUUUUGCCCUAGCACUACACAGCUGAUUCAAAUAAUCAACUAAUCAUCAAGCUUUGAUAAUUUGAAUCAGCUGUUAAGGGGUUGUAAGUAAGCAUUUCACGGUAAGGUCUACACCUGUUGUAUUUGGCGCAUGUGACAAAUAAAAUUAGAUUUGAGUUGUGUAGUGUUGGCGCAAAAAAUAAAACGUGCACCCCUUAGGGUCCCGAGGACCGAGUAUAGGAAACGCUGAUCUACAUUGUUGUUUAAGGCCUAGGUUCCAUUUUGUCGUCCUAGCCUUUUGGUUUCGGCAGUCAUUACAGUGAUUUCAUGAUGUCACUCAGACACAAGCCUGCACACAGCAAACAAAUGAUCCCAGAUGGAAUGCCAUUCUCCUACUGUUUUCAUUCUCUUUUCAUUCUGUUUUCCUUGGUUUUUUCUCAUGCCUAGUCCCUGUGUUCCUCUAACAGAGAGCUGUGAUCCCAGGGAGCACAGAAACAGUCAUUGGCUUUUGUCCUGAUGACGAACGAACACUGCCUCUCCUCUCUCCCCCUCCGGAGGAAUCUCCCCACUGUCUGUCUGUAGUCUGCAGCUCUAAGGGCUGUGGCUAACAGCCAUGCAGGCAGAGACCGAGCACAGUAGCACUCAUUACAACAACAUCUCAUCUCUAUUAGCUAAAGACAUUAGAACAGAACUCAUUGACCAAAGAUGAACUGGGGGUGAAACACGGUUUGAUAAUAGAGGGAGUGGAUUGUACAGUAGCCUUGGGGAUUUUGGGGACUGCUGUGCUCAGGUGCAGCAGUAAUUGGUGUCCCCCAUUGGGAGUUGCAUGUAUUAAAAAAAGCUUUUUUUCUAUGGCAGUAGUGGAGUGUAUUGGUCAUGCUGCUUCACAGAUGCUGGUUUGGCUCUAUAAAAUGACUUCACUGGCAGGAGCUAGGGGUGGGCGGGCAGGCUGGCUGAGACAAUAUAUCCUCUCCCCUCAGAGAUUGUGGGAGAGUGAGGGGCAGGUGUGUGUAUGCGAGUGGGAGCCUGCAUGCGGGUGGCUGCGUCACGUGUGAGCAUGCCUGUGUAUCUGUUUCUGAGCGUGUGUUUGUGUCUGUGUGAGUGCACGCUGCGUGCUGGCACCUGUGUGUUAGUAUCCGCCCCCAGUGCAGAUACACAAACCUGGGUGGCUCAGCUUCUCACAUCACAGUGCCUACCAGCCAGUCAGAAUGGUACCCGCUGGGGCAAGCUGGUGCUCUCCUGUCUGGUCUGAUGUUAAUUUGUGGAUGCACUACAGCCGGUCCUGGCAAUGGAGAGAAAGGGGUGUGUUUACCAUGCCGGGCUCACUCCCUGACCCAGUAGUUAAGAUACUUUAGCCCGCUGUGGCAAGAGGCGGGCAGCUGCUGCCACACAGCGUCUCCAGGGGGAAUUCAUACAUGAAGACCCACCCUGGUCCCAGCCACCCUGGUCCCAGCCAGGCCAGAUGCCUUUUGUUUUCACACAGCCACCUCCUCUGUUUUUAAUACAUUAUACACAGUACAACACAUGCACACACCUCUCUCUCUGUCGCUCUCCCCCACCCAGUAAUGACUGACUCUUAUACUGUUAUACAAUCUCAGGCUUAUUGUAUAUGUGGAUGCUUUCUAUCCCUAAGUAGUCUAUUCUGUUGUAAGGCACAGACAGAGCGGCUCCUCUACAGGUAUGACCCAGGCUUAUUAUCCCUCCAUAGACCCACGGCUAAUAACACUGUUGUUAUUAUGAGCGUUGAGCCACAUUCAGAUGACCGUAGAAUUCAAAUCUGCCUAGUGUAACUGCUGUGUUGCUGACUGGUUGAAGGAAAGAUCUGCCGCUCUGUCUUCCUCAACCUGUGUGUCUUCCUGUUAGUGUGGUUGGAUUGGAGAAUGCUGACUAUCCGUUUCCUUUAUGCCAUAGUCAGUCAGGACUGGGAGGGAGGGCUCCAUAACACACAGAUGUGGAAUUAUGGAGAUGUCUGUUCUGUUUAGGGCUGACCCCAUUUAGUCGACUGGUCGAUUGUUUGGUCGAUAGGCUGUUGGUCGACCGAGAUUUUAGUCGAACAGUAGCAAAACAUUUUUGACACCUGUAUGAUUCGUGCUGAGUGGACUGAUCCGUUGUGGAGGCCGUGGGGAUGGCAUAGUCCAUCAGUCUAAGACAUGUGCGACUGAAAUUGGUAUAUGGUUAUUACGUAAGAACAAUGGUGCAACACUAAAAAACAUAUUAUUUUAAAACAAAUGCGCUUUCUCCCUCCUUUAGGAAGCGGUGGCUGUCCACGGUUCUGAAACCCAUCAGUGUGCUGUUGAAUUGGCGCUUUUUCCUAGACCAUGUUGCUUUGUGCAUAAUAGCAAAGUUAACCAGCAUAUUGGUGUUGAGAACAAUGCCGCGGAGGCAGCAGCAGAAUGAGUUGAGAAAACAGCCCUUGCCUUAUUGUCUAAGAAAAGUGAGGAGGGAGGAAACCCGGACUUAAAUAGGUCUAUAAUCAAUAGUCUAACUGUUCAAUGUGCCUGGCUUUAUAUAUCAUCAAUGUAUCUACAGAAAAAAGACAGCUCGUGCUUCUGUUGCCUGUUUGAGUGUUUGUUUAAUAGCCUACUGAUUCCGUGAGUACCAAGCCUCAGCAACGACAUGUCAAGUAAACAAUUUCACAAAUUCGGCAGUUUUUAAUCUUUGCUUUGCUGUAAUAAAGGCUUUACAAUUUUUUUCCGUUAGAACAGCCUCUGGUUUAAUUUAUUUAGUGUUUACAACUGUUCCAAAUUGUUGGGAAAAUAAUAUUUAUAAUAAUAAUAACGUUCUACUGUUUCGAUCAUUCAUUCGUUCACGUCAUCACACAGCAUCGGAGUCAUUCAUGAUUUGAAAUGCAAUCAAGCAUUUUAGUUUUAAAAUAAAGCGAGCCUUGAAUAAUUAGCUUAAACAAUAAACCGUUCCAUUUUGGGAAUUGCAUUCGCGAAUGAAUGAGACUGUUUUUAGUCUUUGCUGUAUUAAAGGCUUUACAAUUUUUUUUUUACAACAGACUCUCUGGUACGCUUUAGUAUUAUUUACAUUGUUCCAAACGGUCAAAUGAUAUUGUAAUCUAACAGCACCUGUUUGGCACACAUAAUGCACGCAGUGCUUGCUCCUUACCUUCUUUUUCUUGAUCUCCAGUAUUUUCCACAACUAGUCAAAUUUAUUCCACACAUCUGACUUCCCCUUUACCUCCUGAGCAACCAGUAAACAUUUCCCCCAUUUCGAGUUUAUUUGUCACGUCGUCUGCAUCCAUUUCGCUGUCACGUGUUACAGGAUUCAGAGUUUAUUAUAAACAAUUUAUUGAUGUGAUUUUGAUAUGCUAUAGGCACGGCCUGCCCGCUCAUAAGGCGGGAUUAAGCGGCCGCCUAUGGCAGCAGAUUGACGAGGGUGGCAUAUGGGCUUUUUAGGUGAGCACUGAUGCCGCCCUUUGAUAAGCAGUGCCCACUUUGUCAAAGGCAGGGGCACAAAAUAUUUUGCUUGUCCAUUUCCAGUGUGCCUCUCCAGGGUGCUGUUAGAGAGACGCAUCUCUGCAGCUCUCCACCAAUGUUCAGUCAAAAAAGUAAUCUAACAUAAAUCAUGUAGCAGAUAUAGGAUAUGGUAGAAAGAGUAUGUGGUCUUUUCUGGAGCCUACAGGCUGGAGAUAAAAUGUAUGACAAUGUAAUGAGAUGGACACUUUUUUUUUUACAUCAUACAGGUUUCUCAGAUCAAAUAGCCUAACCUAAAUGGCGCUCAAUCAAAUAAAAAAUUAGCUGUCAUGUUAACAAGGUAACAUAUCCUAAAAACAGGACAGGUCAAAGGAAUAUGGACAAUAUGGAAUGGACAAUCACAACUGUUGUCCUGGAGUUUCACCCCAUUGUCAUGAUCAGUGGUUUCAAGUUUGUAUCCGUCAAUUUUUUGACUAGCUGAUCGUAGCAAAAAAUAAAAUACUGAUGCAUUUCCCAUUGUGUAAACACAUUGCAGACAGGCUCACGAUAACUCCUGAUUAAGUUAGGUAGCUGAUAUUCAGAGCUUAUAUAGCAAAAUUGAUUAGUCACAGGAAUCAGGACUAAUAAAGCCAAUGCAAUGGCCUGUUUUACAAAUGGUAGGCUUACCACAUAGAUGGGCAUUCAUAAAAUUCAAUUUCAGGCAACACUGUAGGCUACACCUCAGUAAGCAGGGACCGACGCCAACACAUUCUGGACGUCUUUUUUUGGUGCAGUUCUGGACCGGCCUUGAUUUCCACAGACAUUGGUUUUUGGUCGGGACCAAAUUUGAACCAAUCAUAGACUUCUUCUAUGUUUGAUUCAGAUUUGGUGCUGUCCAGACUGGCCUUGAUUUCAACGUCCACGCACAUAGAUUUUUGGUCCGGACCAACUCUGAACCAAUCAUAGACGUUUGGAAAGUUAACUUUCUCAUCCAUAGACUUAAAAUGCAUCUCAAUUGCACUGUUUAGCACACAUCUGAAGGCUGGGGGGCAUUUAGGACGUACUGCUGAAAAAACCGAAUCCCGUCCGAAUCGUCCUCUGGAAUAAUGGACAUUCUAGAGUAAUAAUUACAUAACCAACGUUCUCUAGUAAUACUAGUCCCGUGCGAAUAGGUCUUUGGUCACAUGCAUGCGAUGCAUACAUGUGUCAAGUAAAGAGAGCCAGGGUUGAGGGAAUAGGGAAUGUUUUUCCAAAACAAAUGAGGGAUUUUGGUAACAACUUUUCAAUCAGAAAUGGUUGUAAAUAUGUUGCAGCUUCAUCAACAUGGACAGCGAUAAACACUUUGAUGUGCUGUGGUGGUCGCUGCAGCAGGGAGGAGAGCGAGACUACGGGUGCUAGUCACACAGUCACUCGCUGCAAUUCUGAGCCCGGCACAAUCAAAUCAAUUGCUGUUUGGACUCCCUCUAGUAAUUUGUGUCUUAAUUAUUUAAUCAAACCAUGUGCUUAAAGCAUCAGAAAAGCUCAGUGAAUAUAGUUGAUUUGAUUUAAAACACAUAGGAUGUGUCAAUAUAUGGAAAAAUACAAGUAAUUUAUUUUUGACCAAUCGAUUGGUUGAAAGAACAGACGACUCUUGGUCGACCAAGAUGUUUUUUAGUCGGGGACAGCCCUAGUUCUGUUAGCUCAGUUGAAAUAAAGAUGUCUGAAUAAUGGAGUUUAGCUGGGUUAUUUCUGUCCCAAAGAUCAUCACACCUUUCUGCGAGCGUGCGCUUAUGCGUGGGCUGGGCUUGUCACGUGCAAUGCGCCGCUGGGGGAUUCUCCAUUCUAUUCCUCUGCUUUACUGUUUCCAGAUUGUAUGGAUUUGUAUGUAGGCUGUGUGUUUCCUGUUAGGGAAGUAUGACCACAACAGACAUCAAUUAUCAUGAUCCGAUUCCCAUCACCAGAGUCAUUCAGCCUAAUAUGGUCUUCUGGUUUGAUACGAGUCAGCGCAAAAUGCAAAACAGACCCUUCAUAGGUCAGUGUUUGUUUUCCUUUGUGGUGGAAACUGGAAAGGCAUUGUUGCAGACUGGUAACCUGAGGACCUAGCUCUUCUCUCACCAGUGUUACUGUCGGUUCCAAGCCACCACUAGCCUAUAUUUACAGAGUAAACUGAAAGCUGGCAGGACACAUAUUUUGCUGUUGCCACAUUCCCUUUCAUUGUUGAAUUGUUAGGCUAGCUCUUCCCUUUUUAAAGUAAAACCCGUAUUUCACAUUUGGCGAAACAUUCCACAAAACGAAAAACUCCUAUUGUAGCCCUGUUUAUGCAUCUGUUAGUCAUCACAGCAGCGUUUCCCCUAGAUUCUUCCUGAAGUAGGCACAUGGCUACAAGCACCAAAAUAUUCCAUUGAAACCAAUAGCAACCAAAUAUUUUCAUGCGGGUGGCAACACAGCUAGAUGUAGGGAGUGGAACCCAUCCUGUCUAAAUAUAAGUAAGGGCCAACACCAUGCAUUAUAUGCAUCAUAUCCAUCACUAACCCCCUCCCCCUCCGCCAGACCACAUCCCAGAGGACCUGAGGGAUCCGUUCUACACAGACCAGUAUGAGCAGGAGCACAUCAAGCCUCCCGUCCUCCACCUGCUGCUGUCCUGUGAGCUGUACUGCCGGGUGUGUUCCCUCAUCCUGAAGACAGACCAGGCCGCCUCGCUGCAGUCACACAUGUCAGUCAUCCAGGCCCUCAGCCGUAAAGGCAUCUACGUCAUGGAGAGUGAUGACGCCCCUGUCACAGACGCCGACCUCGCCUGUGUGCCCAUCAAAAUG